GAACUUGACAGCUAACGGCUUUUAAAAAGUAACGCUUUGAUAAAACUGUAUGUAAAAAAAAAUAUUCAGCGGGCAUUGAAAAUUUUGUUCAAGUAAUCACUGGAAAAAUAUAUGAAAAAUAAAUAAAUUUAUCGGAUCGGUUUAUGUGAACUUUGAAUUUACGCAACUAAAAGCAUUUAGUGAAGAUAUUAUUGAAUAAAUAAAUCAAAAUGGAUGCAUCGAAGCAAACUUUCAGUGAAGCAAAUAAUACCGGGGCCUCGAUGUAUUUAUCCUUUGAUUCUACUAUUUCUAGCUUAGCAUAUAAAACAUUAGAAGCUACCAUAGAUGACCUAUCAAUGUUGUCUAAUAUGGACAACGAGGAAGAAACUGUAGAAAAUUCCCUGGACACUCAUCAAAAUAGUACUUUGGAAGCAAUAGAUUCACACUUAAACUAUCUAGAUUCGGUAAAGGGUAAGGACACUCAAUUGCAACAGUCUUCAAUGCCGAAAAGAAUAUUGAAGGAAUUCAAUGUUGUCAGCUCAACACCGAGUAAGGAACAGAUAUUACGUAGUGUUGAGGUUGCUCGUGGAUCAAGCGCUGAAAGAUGUAUUGCUUUUAUGGAGUUCAAUGAGGAAAAAGAGACCGAUGGGACUACUAAAAACAAAGAAAAUGCAGUACCUGCUAAAGAGGUAGUUGGGAAUUCUCAAGCAAAUAUUGAAAAUGUACCGAUGACUACAACAGAUAAAUCUAAAUCUACUGCUAAUGAAGAAGUAGAUAUUAAUAAAACAGAGGAUGUUAAUAAAACAACUAAGGCCAACACCGAAAAAACAUUAAAUAGUCAGAGUGGACAAAAUGAAGAAAAUACUUUAGAAAACAAGGCUAUAAAUAAACGAUCUUCAAUUCUCAAGAAACCUAUUUGUGAACCUGAUCUUCUAACUAAUCGACCGUCAAGAAUUGCAGUAAAUUCAAAUAAACGAUUUUCUGUUAACAACUUUAAUGUCAAAACUGAUAUAGAUAAACAGAUUACAGAAAUCCCAAAAUUGAUGACGAAGGUACUGAAAAUCGCUGAAGCUUCCACUGCAAAUAAAGAUAAAACUACAACUUCAUCAACUUUGGACAAACGUAAGUCUAUUAUGUAUAAUAUGAAAGGGCGUUCCUCAAUGCUACCAUCAAAUACAGCAAUACAAGCAGAGAAACGUCCUUUUGCAUACACACAACGUAUGUCGGUUUUAGUCAAGACUACAUUAAAUAGUCCUGCCCGUAAAAUAGCUCGACGAUCUGUAUUUCCCGCCUCGCAGCUAACGCACAACUUACCGUUGAAGCCUAGUCGCAUAAGCAUGUUGCCAACUAGUAGAGGAGCACCAACGACAAUUGCCACUAAAUACACAAAUGGUGCUAUAAAAUCAAUAACCGAGUCCACAAAACAGACCUUGACAAAUAGAAAAUCAAUUUAUCCUGUUGAGAAAUUACCUAAAACUACUACUACCACCACAGUAGUAAAAGCACAGAAUAUUUUUAAACCCAGACAAAGUACAACUGCAAAACCGGAAUCUUCUUUUACUUGUAACACUUGUGGCUGUAAGUUCAGCAUUAAAUCCCUUUUGGAUGCUCACAAACGUUCUCAUGAAGGUGAUGGUUUGCCUGCUUUUGUUAAGAAACCCACGAUAAAUGCUUUGAGUACAGCACCACCUGUAACCCAGUCAAAUGUCGCAAAUAAAUGUAAAUAUUGCGACAAGAAAUUUGCGCUUGUUCGUGCAUUACACAUUCAUCUUUUGCAAAAUUGUCCAAAAAUACCACCCAUUGAGAAACGAAAAUUGAAAUUCGACGAAAUGGAUCAUGUUGAGAAAGCACAGUUGCCUGGAUUUUUCCAUGCAAGUACUUCUAAUAAUAAUAAAGUAAAUAAUAAAACUGAAACGCUAGUUCAAACAAAGUCAGUUACAAAAGCACAACGUUCUCGAUCAGAUCUGAGCAGUAUUUCGUUGAGCUCUACAGAUUCGGCAAACGACAAAAAAGCACUUGCUGAAAUUACCAUGAUAGCGAAAAAUGCGGCUGCUGUAGCAGAUGGCAUAUUGCCAGACAUGGCACCACCUUCAGGUAGAGCAAUUAAGAAGACAGCAGCACACGCUGGAAUACAUCGUACACCGAAUAAAUCCAUUACGUGCCAUACAUGCAAGAUUUCCUUCAAAUGCAUAAUGGAUCAUAUUCAUCAUAAUAUGGUGGUGCAUUUCAAGAACUUGGAAGUGCAAAACACUAACGAUAACGCACAAAAGACUACAAAGUAAACGCAAUAAUGCGUUAAUUUAUUUUAUCAGACGUAAAUAAACAUACAGUAUAUGCCUCGUGCAAACUUA